GUUUGGCCCCUGCGCCUUUAAGACUGCAUGUGGUCCACAUCUCGCUGCUCCCAUGGCAGGCUCUGUAGGUGCACGCGUUCAAAGUUUGACUGGGGAAUAGAAGGAAGAGCGGAGACCGCAGCAGCGGCGGCGGCAGCAGCAGCAUCGCCCCGUCGGGAAACAGAAACACACACAACUGAACAUCUGAGAAGAGAGAGAGGAGAGAGGAAGGACCGCAGCUCGCCGGGGAGUGUCCGACUCUGGCGAAAAGAACAAAGGCACAGAUGACUGAGCGGAUUUUCGCUUUCUAAAUGGAAAACACAAGGAGGUUCAUUUAAGUCAGUGUUCGCUAAACGGAGGGACUCCCCCCGGCCCCCCCGGCGGCUGCAGCCUCCCCCCUCUCAGCCAUGCCGCUUGUAUUCCGCACACUGUUGUUCGGCUUUGUAACGCUGCUGGUUGUGCUUUUGAUAAUUGAUGAUAUUGCAGAAGUGGAGGAAGAAACUGCAAAUAUUGGACAUUCAAAGAAGAUGAACUUGCACCAGCUCAUCCCCAAACCACACAGAAAAGCUGCAGUACAUGUAAACCCCACUGCUUUGACAACAGCAAGCGCGGACACAUAUCGUCACCGUCCAAUCUACAAUAACACUGCCAAACACUCGUCAAACAGCUGGACUUUCAAUAAGACCCUCUCCCACCUCAUCAGGAAAAACAUUCUGAGAUUCCUCGACCCGGAGAGAGACAUCUCGAUUCUGAAGGGCACGCUGAAACCGGGAGAUAUCAUCCACUAUGUUUUUGAUCGCCACAGUACCACAAACAUCUCAGAAAAUCUCUACCGUCUCUUGCCAACCGUAUCCCCCAUGAAAAACCAGCAUUACAGGCGCUGUGCCAUCGUGGGCAACUCCGGGAUCCUUCUGAACAGCAGCUGUGGGCCUGAGAUCGACUCUCAUGACUUUGUUAUCAGGUGUAACCUGGCACCGGUGGAGGAAUACUUUCAGGACGUGGGAUGGCGGACCAACUUGGUGACCAUGAACCCGUCAGUAGUGCAGCGAGCCUUCCAGGACCUGGUCACCAAUGAGUGGAAGGAGCGCUUCUUACGGCGUCUUCGAAGCCUCAGCGGCAGCGUGUUGUGGAUCCCAGCCUUCAUGGCCAAGGGGGGAGAGGAGCGCGUGGAGUGGGCACUGCGUCUCAUCCUGCUGCACACCGUAGACAUACGCACCGCCUUUCCAUCGCUGCGCCUUCUCCAUGCCGUCAGAGGGUACUGGCUGACGAACAACGUCCACAUCAAACGUCCGACCACCGGCCUCCUCAUGUACACAAUGGCCACUCGCUUCUGCGAGGAGAUCCACCUUUACGGCUUUUGGCCCUUUUCGCUCGACCCGCAAGGCAAACCGGUUAAAUACCACUACUACGACACCCUCAAAUAUGAGUACACCUCCAGCUCGAGUCCUCACACCAUGCCUUUGGAGUUCAGGACCCUGAGCACGUUGCACAGACAGGGGGCGCUACGGCUCCACACUGGGGUUUGUGGCAUCCAGCAGAGACCACAGAAAGAUCUCCAGAGCAAAUAGCAGAAGGUUCUGCGGCAAGCAGACUUGAAUACGAGCAGUUUUUCUCGUUGCUAGCACUUUUAUGAGACUUGAAUUAACUUAUUUUCAACAGCUGGAAUGAACAAUUUUUCUAUUUCAAGCUCAAAGAGUGACCAACUCCACCCUCAGGCCUGAGGUCUCUCCACAAGCACAUCUUUUUUUGCGUGUCUGUAUGUGUGUUGAUUAAAUAAAUUAAUGAAUAUAAUUUCAUUUUUAUAUUCUAAAUUAAAAGUAGCUGACAUCCCACAAGUAUUAAAAGUUAAUAAGGCUGGCUCUGAAAUUCAUAUUCCAACUUUGUGAUGAUAAGACUCAAUUUAGGGGUGUUUUGUGAGCUGUUAAAUUACUGGUUCGCUUGUUGAGCCACAAGAUGGAAGCACUUAAUAAUCAGGAAGAAUGAUGAUAGAGGAAAAAAGGGGACCAACAUUUCUUUUUAAAACACUUUGAAGUGGAAUCUCUUAAACGCUUUCUAUGACAUAACCUUACUUUAAUGUUAGAAGGUUAAUAACAAGCAAAAACUCAAACCUCCAAUAAACCAGAGCCACCGUCUAAUAAAGUCAGGUUACCUUGAGAACCAAAUCAAGAAAGGAAGGCGUGAGCAUAAUGGAGGAGUGUACCAGCUGUUCACAUACGAAUGUUUACUCAGACUUUGCCAACGGUAAACCCACUUUGUAAACUUUCCUCAAACAGCACCAGCCCUGUUUCCUCACCGGAGGGUGAGACGGUAGCUGGAUGUUUGUACUAAGAAGAGGUUUACUUUUUGAGAUGAAUGUAUUCGUUGGCUUCCUUACAAACCUGGGAACAAGCAAGCUCCAUGAUGUGCUUUUAAAUUAACAUUAAGUCGCAAUCAGCAGCUAUUUCAGUGAAAUAUCACUGAGAGGACCCCGAGCUGGACAUCUGUAUGCCUUUAUUCAUGUGGAGCAAGGGUUCUCAAGGUUUUUAUGACCAAUGUAGGGAGAGGAGGUCUGCACACAUCACAAACACUGGAAAUGUGUGUGACGUGUCUGUUAUUUGUGUUUUUAAUUGACUUUUCGCGACACUUAAUAUGUUCAGUGUUGCAUUUCUUGACACCAGCUAUAUAUGUCAGUGGUAGAAAGGUUUAGUCUGCUAUAAUGGCUGUAACACAGAUAUGUGCUGCUACACUCACUGGCCACUUUGUUAGGCACAGCUGUUCAACUGGUUGUUAAUGCAAAUAUCUCAUCAACCAAUCAUGAGGCAGCAGUGCAUUUGGGAAUGUUGGCAAAUGUGGUCAAGAUGACCUGCUUAGGUUUGAACUGAGCAUCAAAAUAGGGAAGAAAGGGGAUUUAAGUGACUCUGAAUGUGUCAGACAGGCUGGUCUGAGUAUUUCACAAUCUGCUGAUCUGCUCGGAUUUUCCCACACAACCAUCUGUAGGGUUCACAGAGAAUGGCCUGAUAAAGAGAGGAGCUCACUGGAUCGUGAGCAGCAGUUCUUUGGGUGGAAAUGCCUUGUUGAUGUCAGAGGUCAGAGGAGCAUGGCUAGACUGCUUUAAGCUGACUCAAAUUAUUGUUACAACCCAGGUAUGCAGAAGAGCUUCUCUGAACACACAACAUGUUGCACCGUGAAGCAGACGGGGCACAGCGACAGGAGACCACAACGGGUGGUCGUGGAAUGUUUCCAGCACAUAUCCCAUAAAGCAUUAAGGCAGCUUACUAGCAAGGUAACCUAAUGAAGUGGCCAGUGAGUGUAAAGAAUAGUUUGAUGUGUGGAUUAGUUAAAUAUAAACUAGUGCAUUUCUUUCUUUGUUGCCCUGAAAGACCUCGUAACAUGUUACCAAGAGCUGCUACGGGCUCACAGGUCACACUUUAAGAAAUAUGGAGGUAGAGUGAUGUGUUCAUUUUUCUUGUAGAGCAUGUUUGGAAUUAGUAUUAAACCAAUAUAAUAGUUUGAUACAUAGUAUUGUGCCUAUAAUAAAUCAAUUCCACCAGUCCCUAAGUGGACCAUCCCCAUGCCCAGACACUAUAAAAGGUUUUAUUCGGCUGUGAGUUCUUUAACCUAGUUAUCAGUUUAAAAUAAAAACAGAGUAUGCAAAAAACGUCUCGCCGUAGGCCUCUGGUCAGGAUAGAAACUCCUUUUUAUGUACAUUUUAAGGCCAGUAGUAGACUGGCUUUUCAAACGGGAACAUCUUAACACAAGAUUAAAUUGUAUUUUUGUACUUCGAGGAUCCACCUCAUCAAAAGGGGUUUUGUUUUGGGCUUUUUCUUUCUUUUCUUUUUUUUUUUUGGAGUUAUCUCGAUGUUGAGAUUUUGGCCAAGAAGCUCUGGGUAUUUUUCUGUAACAAUAUGCCUCUGUUAUAGAAAAUUAAAGGAAGCAUUUGAAAUAUUCCAAGAGCUCCAUAGCUAAACAAAUAGCCUCUCAUGCGCUCUCAGCCAUGUGAUUUGUCCACAAAAAGUGUUGUUUUGACAGGAUGCGCCUGUUGACUUGCAUGUCGACCUUAUUACGCCGCCAAUUAAGUUAAGAAUAGACAUGAAAGUUGUACUAGAGACGUCAGCAGUCUGAAGCAAUGAAAGGUUUAUUUGUGUGAGCUUGUCUGACUUUGGCAAAAAUAGAAACGGUUUGUGACCAACGCUAUUAAGUUAAUUAACCCAGAAUGUGGAGUUUGCCACAGAUGAGAAAAACUUUCUCACACAUGUUCCCUGCUCUGAAGAUUGUACAGUUUUUAUCUUGCUCCCCCCCCGUACCCUGUUAACAUCUGUUUAAUGUGCAAAUUACAGCAAACUAAUACUCGCUUUUGCAUGUUUGUCUUGUGUUAAUGGAUACAGUUUGAGCAUAUUCCAGUCUUUUUGUUCGUUUUUAUGAUCCUCAGUGUGACUCACUGAUGCUUAACAUGUGCAUUUAUGACAACGUGAAUGUACUUUUCUGUGGCAAAAAAAUACACAAAAUUUUUCCUUGACACUUCAAAGGAAGCGGGUUUAUUUCAGUGGUUUUUCAAAUAAAUGGAAACUGAGGAAACAUACAGGGCUACACGCACAUCUGUGUCAGAAACCAAGCAGGGGCUUGUUUACUAUAAACUUUUAAAACAGUUCCACUUGUAAUUUUUUUUUUCUUUUUUGUUUUUGGGUAAAAUGCGGAUUAGUUUCACCGCUACAGCUUUAAUUUCUCUUUACGAGCGACCAUGUGCAGCAGAUGAUUCGGUGAAGUUUUUCCAUCAUUUCACACAACUCCAGCCAAGAAAAAGAAAAAAAAACUUUGACAAAGGUUGGCAUCUUUGUCUGAGCAGGCACAAACACAU